CCUGCUCAGUGCCAUUCUUACCGUGCGGCUGUUUGUAUCGUCAGCCUUUUGCCGAGGAAAACCCCGGCCCGCCUUGCACGACCUACGGAUUGUCGUCGCGGCGGCUACGGCAAUGAGCGUUGGAUGCAGGUAUAUCGUUGAUGCAACGAGGGACAAAUCGCGCACGGAACGCCGCGACGCAACCCUUCGGGGGUGACCAUGAACGGUGCCGGCUUACCGAGCUGUCGCGUCGGGAUGAAACUUUAGUUCUAACGAUGCGGCGAUUGUAAGCUUAAUAUAUCAUCCAUGUGCAUACUACAAACGGAGAUGUUAAAAAUGUGCAGACACUGUCGAGAAAGGAGAGAACAGCUGGACCACGAGUGAAUGAGAACUACGUUUAUUGAUAAAGGAUGCGCGAUUAACGAUUGUCUGUGAUUAGCGAUCGUCGACGACGAGGAUUAUUCUUUUAAGAAACGAAUAUCGGAUAUAUUACCGAACGUUGAGUGCGAUCGGAGAAAUAUGUAAGUUGAUUGGACGUCCAGUAACUUUUGACAAAGGAAAACAUAUCGUCAUAUUCAAAGUUAAUCAACGACAUGGAAGAAUACAAAAUAGAAGACUGAUUAACUGCUGUCUAUAAUUUAUAAAAGUACAUGUCAUCAUGAACUUCUUUAACUUGUAAUUAUUCAGCCUCGCAUUACACAAAGACACAUAUGUUCGAUUUAUAGAAAAAAGAUAAAACCUUCGAGCAGCGACGUCAGAGUACCUAUAUCUUUGUACUUUGAGUCAACAUGAGAUUAUAUAUGAAGAAAGUAGUAAAAUGCUAUUAAUUUUUUAUUAAUUGAUGUGCACUACCUCGAAGAAAACAGGAUUGAUCACGGAUCACAUUUGUCGAUCAUUUUUAUACAAUAUUUUUUUCUGCGAUCAAAUAAAAUUGAAUGUUUAUGCGCAACAUAUCGUAAUAUCGGGACCAAUGCGAAUGCUGUCGACAUAAAAUAUUUGUGCAUGUACGGAUGUACUAUGUCGAUGUAUAAAUUUAACUGAGACUACCAAAAGAAUAGCUCGAUAUAAUUUUUGACAUGAACAUUACGUCCAGUAUAGGAAAAGGACGAUCGAUACCAUCGUAAGAUGUCGUGAGAAUGUUUGAAGAUGGCAGAAGGUCUGUGACUCCGACGUUUAUUUUUUGAGUAUAAAGUAGCGAUAUAAAUAGUGAUAAUUAGCAAAACGUCAAUCAGCAACAAACUCGAAGUAUGUCACUUGACAAACAAAGCGCUUCGGAAACAAAGAAAAAAGUUUCUUUCGCUUCAAAACUCCGAUUUUGCCGAAUAAAAGAUCAGUCGGAGUAGACGAGAAAAUAGAAAAGUGAAAAUAAAAUGCCGAAAGGAAGUCCAGGAAAGGAUAGCAGCGAGAAUAUUCAAUUGGAGCCUUUGUCUAGGACGCCUAGACGACAUGAAUCUACCGAUCCUGCAGAAAUAGAUGCGAAGGCACCGUUAAGACAUGCCGCAAGAAAAACCUGCGAUUCAGGAGAUAGCAGCGCAGGAUUGCACAGACGUAACUUUUACGAGCGCGCAAAUGAAGUCGUUAGAUGUUCUGAGAGAAAGACUUAUUGCGUACUUUGUAUUUGCUGCAUGGUACUUCUUGUCACAGCACUUAUCAUCGCCUUGGCGCCUUUGCGAACUGGCUGCGUUUGUUCUGAAGAAGACUCCAGUAAAAUUACGGAUGACGAAAAGGACGCCGUGCCUCGGAUGGAAAAUGGAGAGGUAUUUCCAUGGGAUAACAUAAGAUUACCUGCCUUUGCACAUCCUACUAGGUACAAUAUUACCAUGCAUCCAAAUCUUACCACCUUAGAAUUUAGAGGACGAGUCACAAUUGAAUUCUAUGUUGAUGAAGAGACCAAAUUUAUCGUCUUCCAUAGUAAAAACUUGACAAUAAAAGAGCAAAUAGUGAAAGAGGGUCAAGAAGAGCUGAAAAUCGCGAAAUUACUCGAGUAUCCGAAGCGUGAACAGUUAUAUCUCGAAUUGGAGGAUUCAUCGUUUCGGAAAAGGAAUAAUUACACGCUAUUUUUGAGUUUUAAUUCGACGUUAAAUUCUACUGAACUUAAAGGAUUCUAUUUUAGCAGUUACACCACGCCUGAAGGAGAUUACAGAUAUUUGGCUACAACUCGUUUCGAACCAACAUACGCGCGUAUGGCCUUUCCAUGUUUCGAUGAACCACAAUUUAAAGCUAAAUUUAAGAUAUCAAUAUAUAGAGAUAGAUUUCACAUUGCAUUAUGUAAUAUGCCUGCGAUAAAUACUGAGGAGGCUGGAUUUUAUUUGGGUACAAAUCUUCUACGCGACGAUUUUCAAGAAUCUGUAGACAUGUCAACGUACUUGGUGGCUUUUGUGGUAUGCGAUUUUAAAAGAGUUUUCGAACUAACAAAGAGAAACACAUCUGUAAGUGUGUAUGCCGCAUCGCAUAUGCUUCCGCAUAUGAUAUAUGCCACGACCACUGCUACUCGUAUUAUGGAUUACUUUGAAUCUUUCUUUGGCAUACCUUAUCCUUUGCCAAAGCAAGAUAUAAUAGCAAUUCCUGAUUUUGAACCCGUUGCUGUGGAGAAUUGGGGCCUAAUUACUAUUCGAGAAUCGUUUUUAAUGUACGAUCCAAAAGAAACACCUACCGAAAUACAAGAAUAUACAGCCGUUAUUAUGGCUCACGAAUUAGCUCAUCAAUGGUUCGGUAAUCUCGUGACAAUGAAAUGGUGGAAUGAUCUGUGGCUGAAUGAAGGUGCUGCGACAUUCUUUGAAUACAAAGGCGUGAAUCAUAUUUUUCCUGAAUGGGGCAUGAUGGAUUUAUUCAUAUUACACAAAACGCAACGAGCACUUGAGCUCGAUGCACUAGCCAAUAGUCACCCUGUAAGCGUGUUCGUCGAAAACCCCAUUGAGAUAGAAAGCAUAUUCGAUACGGUUAGCUAUUACAAAGGUGCUUCCGUCCUCUAUAUGUUGGAAGUAGUUUUAUGCGCGUGUGCUUUUCAAAGCGGACUAAACGAUUAUCUAAAUAUGCACGCAUAUGCAAAUACAGAGACCAAUGAUCUGUGGGAGGUUCUCACAAAACAUUCUAAAAAUUCAUCUGUUAGUACAGAACUUGAUGUGAAAAUUAUAAUGAAUACUUGGAUCCAACAAAUGGGCUUCCCACUUGUUACCAUCAUUCGUGAAGACAGUACUAUCACAGCGACUCAAAAAAGGUUCCUUGCUUCACCUCGAGAAGGAGCAAAUACUUCGCAUCCCAAGUCACCCUUUGACUACAAGUGGUACAUCCCAUUGCAUUGUUAUACAGACAAGGAUGACUCGACAGAAUCUUAUAUGGAAGUGUGGAUGAAUAUGACUGAUGCAACUUUCGACAUAUCGAGCGAUGUCGAUUACAUCAAAUGCAACAUCAAUCAAACUGGCUUUUAUCGAGUAAAUUACCCGAAGGAGAUGUGGACUUCGAUCAUUAAAACUUUGAUAAAGAAUCAUACCAAGUUCAGUCCGGCAGAUCGGGCGAAUCUCAUCGACGAUGCAUUUGCGCUUUGCGAUGCGGGUGAGGUGGAUGCUUCAAUCCCAUUAGAACUUUCGCUUUACCUCGUCAACGAAAAAGAUUAUGCGCCAUGGGCGACCGUACUUCGGUAUUUGAACUUUUGGAAAGACAGACUGGCCGAAAGCGCAGCGUAUAAAAAAUAUACCUUAUUCUUUAAACAACUGAUGGGUCCAAUUACAAGAUACAUUGGCUUGACGGAUGAAGGCUCUCACUUGAAAAAAUUAUUGAGAACAGCAGUACUAAAAUCCGCUGUUGAAUUAGAAAUGGACGAUGUAGUGAAAUCUGCAAGAAGUCUUUUUCAAGAUUGGAUAUCGAAGGAUACACGCAUCGCACCUAAUAUACGGAAAAUCGUUUAUAUGGCAGGUAUCAAGUUCGGAGAGGAGGCUGACUGGCAGCAUUGCUGGCAGGUUUAUCUUAAAACACAAAUCCAGAGUGAAAAAUUAUUAAUGUUGCAAGCUUUAGGCUCGACGAUGGAUCCUUGGUUACUUAAACGUUAUCUUCGACUAUCACUGAAUCGAAAUCUGCUUAAAGCGCAAGAAGUUAAUACUGUCAUAACGUCCGUUGCUGCCAAUCCACACGGACAUUAUCUCGCUUGGCGUCACAUUAAAGCUUAUUGGCCGCAAAUAGAAGCCUUAUAUGCAAAUGAAUCGCUCUCGAUAAGCAAUCUCAUACUUAGCGUUGUUCCUGACUAUUUCAUUACAGAAUAUGAUUAUCGCGAAGUUUCGGAAUUCUUCAAGCAACGCGACGUUCGCAGCGCUAACCGCACCCUGCAGCAAAGCUUAGAAAUGAUAAAAUUUAACAUUCACUGGGUAAAAAUAAAUGCAAAAAGCGUAAAUGAUUGGCUCACUACAUAUUUCACGGAAAUGAAUGCAAGUUAACCUUCGAUCGUUAGGAAUGAACUGGUCAAAAUGAAUUGAAAUUUAACCGUACACACAUUCAAUUGUACCAUUAUGGCUAAUUUUUCUACAAUUCUUAUUCGUACAUCUUUAAGAAAUACAUGAUACAAAUUGCGAAAAGUGAGAUUUUCGAUUAUUUAAAAAGCAAAAAGAAUCUCAAAUCAUCAUCUAGGUAUAAAUUUAUCGAUCAAAAGUCAACCAUUUUUGUCAGUUUCAUUACAGGAAGUCGUUUCCGCAGGCAAAUUGAAUUUAAAAGACGAUAACUCUUGAACGAAUUUAAAUCGUAUUUCUUUAGAAAGGCGCUUAAACUUAUCCUGUAUAAAAUUUGUUAUAAUUUGCUUGCUGGAAAGGAUUCUCUAAUAAAUCUAUAAGAGAGAAGCCGAAUUGUUUAUAUGUAAUACAUUAUACACCGAUUUAUACACUUUUGAAAGUAUUUAUUUAACAUGCACGCGGUGCGUGCCAGUCGAAUCAAUAAAUAUAAAAAGACGUAACGAGAGUAAAGACAUCAUUGUUCCUAGGAUAGUCGUUAAUAUUCGACAGAUAAGAAUUAACGACAUACGCCUAUUGGCAUUAAAAGACCGGCUUCCAGCAAUGUAAGAUUAAUGUUAAUCGGUUAACUUAUUUGUCUUUUUGUAAUCCUAAGUAUUAGAAAAAGAUAAACAGGAAGUUACUAUUUCUAAUUCUAAGAAUUAGAGUAAGAUACGAGUUAAACCGAAAUAAAGUUUAUCUUACAUUGGUAGAGUCUGGCUAGUCUCCCGAGUUUGCUACAUUUUAAUGUAACAAAAAAAGAUAAUCAUUUUCACGUGAUGUCCAAACCCUACAUUUUUUAUUCAUUACAGUACUUUAUCACUACAAUAUUACUUUAACAGGGAGAGACGAGCUUGCGACGAAGUCGAAGAAAACGCUGAUUACAUAUUAUAUUAUUCACGUACGUCCUAUGCAUAAGUCUGCGACGUAGCAGAUAUUUAGAGGUAAUAAAUUAUUAUCAUGACUGUAUGAGCAAUCGUUCGACACAUUUAAGUAGCAUAUCAGUGUAUAACAAAGAGAAGCAUAAUACGCUAAAUCUCUCGGGUCUAUGCCAUAAGCACCGUCCAGAGAGAUAUGGCAGCGUUAAAGAUAAAUUCGGUUGCGAGAGCCAAGUGGAUAUAUGUCAAAUUAAUUGUAAUUAAAAAAUCGAUGUAUAUCAUGUGUAUCGCAUAUUCGUGUUCGCUAAAGGUUCGCUGGAUACGCAGGACACGUCUUGUAUAGGAUUGUUCUCCAUGCGAAGUAUAAAUAGAGAAUUGAAUAUUUUAUUAUGAGAAAAUAAAUAAAUUUGUAUAAUCUAAACAACGCUUUAUAUAUACAUAUGUAUGGUGUGCAUGUAUUAAUAUAAGACAAUGUGCCGUGUUUUUCAUCGAAUGCUUUGUGAAAAUCUAGAUGCUAACGUAAACUAUCAAUGGUGGACUUAUCUAGAAUUUUUUUGUCGGUUUUCAAGGUAUUGCGUUUAAUUUUGGAAAAUUUUGAUCGACAGUAGUAAAUCUUAAUUUGAAAUAGGAAAUACAAAUUUCGCAAUGCGAACGACACCUGAAGCAAAUUCGUUAUAUUUUUGUCUGUUUAUCGAUCGUCUAAUUAACUGUUUGGACAAUAAAUACCAGAAAAUAGUGAGAUAAAUUAAAAAAUAUUUAAUUAUCUUUGGCGGAAAAAUUUUUACGAAAAACUACAUAGAUUGAGAUAAGAUCUUAGAAAUUUUUCUUAGAUAUUUGUAGUGAGACAUAGAAUGAUGUUUGUUUGUUUGAAAAAGUAAGCAAUCCUCCGCCCUCAAACUACGUCACUUUACAUCCCACUACAAAUAUCUAUGAAAAACUAAGAAUUUCUAAGACAAUCCUCACUUUACGUCCCAUUACAAAAUAUCCACAAAAAAUUAAGAAUUUCUAAGAUGUCUCAAUCUAUGCAGUUUUUCUGUACUUU